ACUGGAAGCGGGAGUCGGGCUUGGCCACGGACCGUUGCAGGCGAGAGGGAGGAAUGAGCUUAGUCACCAGAGUAGGUGACUAACCAAUUCCUGCCAUCACCGCCAUGUACGUAGGUGCCGCCUGAAUGACUGAAGAUUUAACAGACAAUGGGCCAUAUGUACCCUGAUGGCAUUUUGUGCAUGGAGAGAUGUUGCUUACUAUGGCAUCUGAGACUGAAAAGGCCCAUGCUCUUCUCCAGUCGUUCAGCACAGCUUCUGUUAUUUCAAGCCUAGGACUGGGGAUUUUCUGCUUUGUGGCAGAUAGACUUCUACAAUUUUCUAUCAUUCAGCAACAUGACUGGCUGCGGGCACUCUCUGAUAACACUGUGCAUGGUGUUGUGGGAUUGUGGUCAUGGGCAAUAGUGAUUGGUCUCAAGAAGAAAAGUGACUUUACAGAAGUCAUUUUAGCUGGUUUCCUCUCAUCUGUGAUUGAUCUGGAUCACUUUGUUCUAGCUGGCUCUCUUUCAUUAAAGGCUGCUCUGACUCUUCCGCGUAGACCGUUCCUUCACUGUUCGACUGUGAUCCCUGUGGUGUGUCUGAUGUUGAAAUUUAUUAUGCAUCUCUUCAAGCUGAAGGAUUCCUGGUGCUUUCUUCCCUGGAUGCUGUUCAUUUCCUGGACUUCCCAUCAUAUUCGAGAUGGAAUUCGUCAUGGCCUGUGGAUCUGCCCGUUUGGAAAAACUGUUCCCCUGCCUUAUUGGCUUUAUGUGGCAAUCACUGCAUCAUUACCUCAUCUCUGUUCUUUCAUUAUGUAUUUAACAGGAACAAGAGAACUGAUGUCGAUAAAACAUGGGAUUCGUAUUGAUGUCUAAGGAUAUUGUAAAUGGUUGUGUUUGCAUCACUGAAAUAAUUCCCUCAAGAUUUCUAAGUUAGGUCUAGCUGAUGUCUCAUCUUUAUAGCUGCAAUAUAGAUUCCCUGAAGCCACUGCUGCACAAGGUAAUGUGAUUGGUUUAUGUCCCAGACAAUCUCUUCAUUAGCAUCUCCUUCAGUACGUGUUUUCCUCUGUUUUAUUCCAAACUUCGUUAAGUAUUUUAUUAAAAUUAGUAGUUGAUAUUCCCCAUAUCCCUGUUUUGGCAGCUUAUAAAUCAACCCCCAGCUCAUAAAGUCUAGUCUGAAGCAUGUAAAAUAUGUUCUUCUUGUCCUCAGCCUCUUGUGUAACACUGAGGCUCAAGAAAAACUCAGAGAGAUGAGGACAAAGGCCGCCACUGUGGGAUGGGGAGUGGAUCUUCCUAGGCAGCAGAGAAAAGUGGUGUGAACAUAAGAAGAGCCAUGCUGGAUCAGACCAAGGGUCCAGCUAGUCCAGCACUCUGUUCACACAAUGGCCAACCAGCAGUCAGCCAGGGACCAACAAGGCGGGACUUUUUAUUUAUUUAUUUAUUUAUUUAUUUAUUAUUUCAAAUAUUUCUUGGCUGCCUUUCAAGGUAGAAGCUCUGAAGUCUGCCUUCAUCCCAGUGCAAAUUUAUCUGGAAGCAGUAAAUAUGGAUCAAAUGGGAAGCGAAAGAGAUCCCUCUUCUCUUUCCCAACCUUGCUAAAUACGUAUUAGUGAUUCUUUAGAAGUUCUCCUAUCUCCUCUGCUAAAGGGCCUUUACUCUAGUCACAUUUUCCUAUUUGUAUUUCUGCUUUCUAAGCCUUAUCCUUUAUCUAGUUGUCAUAUGUACAGCACUUUGAAGCAUAAGUGCUAAAGACCAAUAAAUGUUCAGAAAAAUCUAACAACAGUGACUUUGCACUUCGUUUAGAUUAGGGUCAGCAACUGGAGGCUCUGGAGCCAAAGAUGGCACUUGAAGAGCACUGUCUUGACCCCUCAUUGCCUGUCUAGAGGCAAAAGAGGUGAGGGGUGUGUGUGAAGUAGGUGACCGGCAAUCUUAACACUAUAACACGCCAAGUGUGUUGUUUGCCAAUUAUAGCGAUCUUACAUUUUUAAAAAUAUUUUUUCGUAUUGAAAACAUUUGAAAGAUCAUCUGAUUUUAGAAUUAAGGGAUUCCAUCUUGAAAGGCAAGAUGGAAUUUUUGAACUGACUGUGUCAAAAUAUUAUUUGUGGUACAGUAAUAAAAGGGUUGGUUUUAAGCGUUUUUGCUGGAAUUGUAACAAAAUGAAUAGUGCUGGAAAGGUAACUGCAUGAAAGAUUUUCAGUUUGGAAGGUUUUCAGUUUACUUGUACAAGGUUUUAUAUAUUUAGAGGCUUUCAGUGAACUUUAAUAUUCUUUUUGGUUUGUAGAAGAAUGCUCAAGUGUGCAAAUUUAUAUUAUUGCAGUCUAUCGAGCACUGCUGCUAUGCAACCAUGAUAAAUUGUUUCUCACCUCUCUGAUUAAAAAAAAUACAGCUGCUUGUAAAAUACAGCCACUUGUAAAAUACAGCAACAAAUUCAAGAAAAUGGAAUUAACUGGAGAUAUUUGUGUCAGCAGUUUUCCACAAGAGCACUUUUGAGUAAACGCUGCUGUAAACAUCUAGUUUCAUGUUCUUUAAAAUCCUUUCUAAACAAAUGGCAGUAAAAUUUUACUUGAAAACUUUGUUGAUGCUUUUAUGGAACAGCUCCGGUAGAAAGGGACAGUUUUAGAAUAAUAAGCUGUGCAGACAAAAGUAAAGGGAAGGCUUCACGUUUUGUGCAUUUUAUGGCUGCCUCUAACGAACAUCAUCCUGGCCAAAACUGAGCUAACCAUUCCUCACAGUUCAGAACACAGGAGAUAUUUGCAUGUCCCAUAAGAAGAGUAGUGGUCAUAAUAGCAGAUGAGGAGAACUUUAACACACAGAAUCUUCUUGGAGUGAGAUGCAGGGCUUCCGUAGUUUUCAUACUGGAGUAGGUUACAGGUCUGGUGUGGACAGGAAGGAGGCUAGCUCUCUGUGUGUGUGUGUGUGUGUGUGUGUGUGUGUGUAUAAUUGCGCAUGCACACAUUAAUGCUGGUGCAGAAAAUAUAGUUGAAGCCUCAAAACAUGGAUUAACAUAGGACCAAUUUGUGUUUGAAUUGCAUCCUAUCCACAGCUUAAGUUCAGUGUUCAGAUAUACAUCACUUUUUUGGUUUGCAAACAGGUAUAGAGCCUGUUGUGCACUUCAAGUUGGCGUUUCUCUUACCGUCUUUAUUCAGGGCUUUCUCACACAUUACAGAUCAGCCAAUCCAGGUUUGUUAAUAGAGUGUACACUUGUUGGUGAACUCCACUAAAGUCUAGUGCUCUCCUUAAUAUACCCGUGUAAUAUUCGUGAUUGUAAACAUGUCUUUUGUAUUCACACAUUAUAUCUUAGAUGUAUGAUUAAUUGCUGUAUACAUUUUUAGGUGCACACCUAACAUGUAAUGUGUGAAUUGACACAUGAGCAGAAAUGUAGGCAGGGGCAUUGUGUAGAAAAAAAAUAGAUUUGCAGGGAAAACCUUGAUUUCCUGAGCCUGUCAGCAAGUCCCUUUUAAGCCUUAAUGUGAAUUGUGUGCUCUAAAAAUUGAAGGGGAGCAGUAUGGUAUUGCAGGUGCUUUUGGGCUUUCCAUAGCAUGUAAUACUUUAGUUAAGUGCUACCCAGAGAGAAACACAGUGCUAUUAAGGCACUGUUUGUCUAUAUAUCACUGCAGUGCAUUUGAAGAGUUACUUUUAUGUGUUUUGUUAAAAGUUGAAAUCCUCUUUCUGGGCUCCAAUCCUUAAUUAGGUUCCAGACAAUUUUCUGGCUUCCUUACCUUCCUAAUUAGGUUCCAGAAUAAGGUUUACUUUAGCUGGAUUCAGUAUUACUGAAACCCUUUAAUUAGCUGUCUUUUAAAACAUGAAUGAUUCCCCCUUGUUUGUUGUGCUAACGAUGCUAUGCUAGAAUACUAUUAUCUUUUAUUUUGCUACAUACCCUUUCAUUGUAAAUUCAGGUACUUUAAGAAGUCUGAUUAGGGUUGCAAUCCUAUACACAUUUACCUUGGAGUAAGUCUCAUUUAACUCAAUGGCACUUCUAAGCAGAUUUUUAAAAGAUUGGACUGAAAUAGCUUUCAUGGGGUGGCUUUUUAAAAAAUAAUGAAGUUAGGGAUUAUUGGCAAAUGUAUAAUAUGGAGCUUUCAUCACCCAAGAGCCAAAGUCCUAUGGGUGGUUCACAACAUGUAAAUGCUGCAUGUAUAAGAAUGCAGGUUUGUCUUCAAGUGUCUCCACAUACUGAGUCUUGAGGUAGAGCACUGGGAAAGCCCUCCGCCUUAACACCCUGAACAUUUAUGUCAGAGCUAUGAGGAUGGAUCUCCUCAGUUUUUUCACAUAGGCUUUAUGACAAAAUCUAGGUCUCCUCACAUUGGUGUUACACCCUUCAUAGUUUGUGGAAAUUACCAUCAUCCUGCCUCCCAGUAUAGCUGCCAAUUUAAUAUAGAUUUAAUGAUAGCUAAAUCAUUAAAUCUCCAUUUAAUAUCGAUUUAAUGAUAGUUGACACAGACACCCCAUGCUGUGCUGAUCCUAAGCUAGCAUCUGGAAAGCCUAAGAGUUGCUAUGGGUGGUCUUUUGUACAUGCAGAGGCACUCUCUGCUGAUAUUUAAGGCAGUGGGUUCGUUAGUGCAUUAGUUUUCAAAUGUGUUCCAGGGAAUACUGAGGUUUCUCAUCGAGAAGAGUGUGGAUAAGCUUCUCUGAAAGGCAAUUUGCCCGCUGCUACCAAUCUUCCCCGACAAUGCACAGUUAGAGGAGAAUGUUUUAGGGCUCCCUGUCAGCUCACAAAAGGCAACAGCAGUGAGGGCCAAUAGCCUGGCCAGCACUCUUUGUGAAUGGACUGUAUGUGCACCUUGGAACAUGCCCCAGAAUCUUCUACAGUGCACAAGAUUCUUCGGAGGAGCCAUCAAUAAGGAAAGAGUUUCCUGAUGGUAGGAAGCCUGAAAAUCUUUGCAUUAGUGGUUUGAACUUUUACUACACCAUUUAAAAGAAUGUGUAAAUAAAUACAGUUAUACAAAGGAGCCUUAUGCUCAGCUCCAGUAAAGUUACCCAUGCCAGUGUUUUUUUUAAUGGGGAAAGGAUUGUUCCAUCUACUGUCGCAUCCUAUGUUUGUAGGUGGCAUUAGAGUACAACCAAAUGGCUUAUUACAACUUGGCAACUGUUCCUCCAGGGAUAGGCAAGCUAGUGCCCUCUUGCUGUUUUGCACUACAGCUAUCAGCCCCACCCAUCAUGGCCAGUUGUCAUGGAUUAUGGGAGUUGUAGUUCAAAACAUUUGACGGCUACCAUGUUGCUUAUCUGUACUCUGCAUUCUUCCCAGCAAGCUCUGUACAGGUAUGCUCUGCUGGUACUUAGGAUGGGCUUCAAGUGACUGCCAUGACUGUCACUGCCUCACCUGUCCCUAGUCUCUGCAUUAGUUUGUAUUAUCUACACAGACAAUCAAGCCAGGGCAGCAGGAACUCAAGUUCCCUGCACUGGACUUCUGAAGGUAUAGUUAACAGGUGUAGCUAAUAUUCAGCUUCAGAUGUUUAUGUUUUAGCCAUCAUUUCUAUGUUGAGCAGAAGCCUUAUUUGAAGUUGUCUAGCACAGUGCCAAAAAAACUAGUUCUCUCUCACACACAUUCACUUUCUUGCCCUGUUCACACAUAGAGACAACCCAACAGUUUAAAAACAGAUGGCCUGUUGUACACAAGCGGAAGAGAGUGGGCACUCUGCCUGCAGCAUGCCAGUCUCUUCAGCUUUUACUCAGCAUCCCACGAUCAGCUUCUUCACAGAUUGCUGAGGUUGACAGGUGAUCCUGGACCACUGGAGUUAUUUAGGGGUUAAACAACCCAGCAGUUAAUCCAUGAUGGGUAGUUGUUGAUUUGUGGGUUGUCAUUAUGUGCAAAGUCUGCAGUUUGGUUUAACUAUGGGCUGUCAACCACAAAGAACCUGGAGUUCACAAUCCAACAACAAAUCAUGGGUUCUCUUCCUGGGUUGUUUGUGGUUAACAACCCAUGAACCAUAGUGCAGGGUUAGCAAGUUACAACCAUCCAUGAUUCAACAGCAACUCACGAUUUAACAACAACCCACAUUCAACCUAUACUCUGGGUUGUCAUUAUAUGCGAACCGGGCUUCUCUCUCUAAUGAAGAGGUAUAUUUUUUUCAUAAAUAAAAUAUUUGGAGAAUGUAUUGGUUUUCCCAGUGUGUCACAUUGUUGCUCUGUUGAAUAAAACAGUGUUCAGUUUAAGGACUGAAGCUUUAGAAAGGAAUUUUCUACAAAGCAUUACGUAUACCAUGAAAAUUGUUGUAUUAUCUAAUGGUCUUAAUAGGAAAAUGUUCAGCAGCUCCCCACAAAAAACAUACAAUCCAUUUUUUUAUUGCAGUUGAUACUCUGAAGGCUGGUACAAUUUUCACUUUUAAAAAACUUACUAAAUGCUCAUGCUUGGGUGUCUAAAAGUUUUGUAGUUCACAGUUUAUUUAUUAGCACUUUGUUCAAAGUUGUUUGUGUUUAAUUGUUAUAGGAUUCACUCAUGUAAAGAGUGACACAUAAUGUUAGGAUGUUAUGCAUGAUUGCAAUCUUAUGAUGUAGUUUUAGGCAAUCAACAUGUGUAAUUAUUUCUGUGCUUGACUUCCCUGGAUUUAGGAUCACACAUUUAUGGGUUUUAUAUUUUUAGGCAUGCCUCUUUUGAGGAUGAGAAUACGUAGGUUGUACCACCUCACCCCAAAUUUAUUUUUGUUCUAAUGGUUGUGUUAUGGCAACACAGGCAUUUACCUUACAGAAGAAAUAUAUUCAUUUAUACUCAAAACACCUCAUUCUGCACUAUCUACAGUAAGGAGAGGUAAACCAUUUCGAUUCUAUUGAUGGAGAAUGAACAUAUUUUACACAAUCACAUGAAAAGCCCUUUCCAUUGUAAUAGGAAAAAAAUCUCACCUACAUGGCUUCGUUUAUAAAUGAUGAAAUGACCACGUCAAAUAUAGAUUAGAGAAUCAAACCCAUGUAAGAUCCUUGGGGAAGGUUACCUAGUGAUCAUGCCUCAGUUUUCAAAUUGCAAAUGGGUAACACAAUUUGUUGUUAUAGAACAUACUUCUCUCACUUUAAAGGAAGCUGGUGAGUGAAGUGAUGUGAAAAUGUAAAUUUUAAAAUUUCUUUUGUUUCAAAAUAUGUUGGGGUCUGCAAAGCUAAUAUAAACUGGCAACGUUUAGGAUAAGUUCAGGUGGAUUGUUCUGUGGUUAAUGGCGCAUCCAUCAAAACAUUUUAUCUACAUUUAUUACUGACCUUAGUGUUCUAGCAAAACAUGUAAUGGUAAUAUCACAAGAUACAUUUCAUGUAACUAUAACAAUCUAAAAACGCAAAUACAAAAUACAAUAUAAAAUAGCACAACCAGAAUAAAACCACACAGCAAAAAUUAAUAUAGGUUAAAAUAGGGAAUUAAAACAGCAAAGUUUAAAUUUAAGUUAAGUUAGGUGUUAAAAUACUGAGAAAAUAAAAAGGUCUUCAGCUGGCGAUGGAAGGGAGAGUACACUGUAGGCGCCAAGCGAACCUCUCUGGGGAGCUCGUUCCGCAGCCAGGGUGCUACAGCGAAGAAGGCCCUCCUCCUAGUAGCCACCUGCCUCACUUCCUUUGGAAGGGGCUCACGGAGAAGGACCCCUGGAGAUGAUCUUAAGGUUCAGGCAGGCACAUAUGGGAGGAGACGUUCCUUCAAAUAACCUGGCCUCAAAUCGUUUAGAGCUUUGAAUGUUUGUACCAGCUCUUUGAAUCGGGCCCGGACCUGGACUGGCAGCCAAUGAAGUUGUAGAAGGACUGGCGUGAUAUGGUCUCAACCACAAAGUACAAUCUGUCGGUGUGCUUAAUAUUUUCUUGUGGCCUCAGCAGAAGGGUCAGCUUUCAAUGUAAGCUGUAUAUUAUAACAUUUCUUGCAUAAUUGUAGUUUUCAUAUGAGAGCUUGAUUGUGAUAGGUUAGCUAUCAUGCUUAGCUUUUCCAAGACAGGUUGAAGGUGUGCUAUUUAUUUACAAGAUUUUAUACCACCCACUGACUAAGUUUUCUGGGCAGUGUUCAAGGAAAAAAAAGUUAUAUCCAUAAAAUAUAAACAUUCAAGGUGGGACAUAAAAAUCAAAAACAUGUUAAAACAACAUCAGAAUAAAACCAGCAACAGUGAAAACAGUAGUGCCCAAGACUGAAAAUGCUCUAAAUCAUGUUUUUAAAACUGAAAAAUGUGAGAAAGUGGUAAGAGCUUCAAUCUAUCAGGAGAGGUAAACUGGGGUGGCACCAUUGAAAAGGCCCUUUAAUCACUUGAAAAUUGUCACUUGACUUGGCUAUAUAUAUAUAAGCUGUGGCAAAUCAGACGACAUCAUACGAACAAAGAACUACCAGAGGAAGCAAGCCAGUAAAAAUAAGCACAAUACUCUUUAAAGUGGUUGCUUGAAUUUCCCUAAAGUAAAUAAAAGAGCUCAGUUGCUUUCAAUGAAUUGUAUCAAUUUCCAGAGUUCUAAGGGCCAGAUUUGGAACUUUACGGUAACCCUACAUCUCUGCACUGAGUUCAAAACUUGCAUUAAAAACAGAAGUCCUAAGAAGAUUUACCUGACUGAAUGUUUUUAAAUGUGUUGCAGAAACUCACUGACACCAAUGGAACUACUACCUAGCUAAUUUUCAUUCCUUAAGGGGGAAGAAACUAGAAUGAUGAGAUCUCCUUUUAGUACACUGGAAUAUGUUCAUGUUAUCUUCGUGUUUUGUGCUAUUUCUGACCACAACUGUGACUACUGGACUGUCUGAUCGUAUUGUUUUCCUAGUUACCACUAAAGUGGCAUUAAAAAUG